CGGAGURCACAUGGAUCAAAAACCGCUAGUAUUUAAAAUCUUAUCACAAUGUUCUACUACCAAAGCUCGCACAGCUAUAUUAUCACUUCCACAUUAUGCAGUAGAAACUCCGGUUUUCAUGCCUGUUGGAACUCAAGGAACAAUGAAGGGUUUGACGUGUAAACAGCUGGAAGAUUUAGACUGUCAGAUCAUCCUAGGCAACACAUAUCAUUUGGGGAUGAGACCGGGAACAGACAUUUUGGACAGAGCUGGUGGACUUCAUGGAUUCAUGAACUGGAAAAGAGCUCUUUUAACAGACAGCGGAGGGUUUCAAAUGGUUUCUCUUAUCAAGCUCUCUCAAGUCACUGAGGAGGGAGUAAAAUUCCAGUCACCUCAUGAUGGCAAAGAAAUGUUACUCAGCCCUGAAAAGUCAAUGGAGAUCCAGAAUUCCAUAGGAGCAGACAUUAUGAUGCAGCUAGAUGAUGUUAUAAGUAGUACAACAACUGGACCCAGAGUUGAAGAAGCUAUGUAUAGAUCUAUAAGAUGGCUUGAUAGAUGUAUCAAAGCACACAAAAACACUCAAAAACAAAAUUUAUUUGCUAUUAUACAAGGGGGGCUUAAUCCUGAACUGAGAAAGAUAUGUAUAAAAGAAAUGGUAAAACGUGAUACUCCUGGUAUUGCUAUUGGUGGGUUGAGUGGAGGAGAAGAAAAAGAUAAGUUUUGGAGAACAGUUUCUUUAUGCACUGAUGAUUUGCCUCGGGACAAGCCAAGAUAUGUCAUGGGGGUAGGUUAUGCUGUUGAUUUAGUUGUGUGCUGUGCAUUGGGCGCUGACAUGUAUGAUUGCGUUUACCCUACCAGGACAGCGAGAUUUGGUACAGCUUUAGUUCCAUGGGGUCAACUACACCUCAAACAGAAACAGUAUAGCGAAGACUUAAGGCCCAUAUGUAAAGACUGUAAAUGCUUCACAUGUCAGAACCAUUCCAGGGCCUUUAUUAAUUCUAUCAUUGGAAAAGAACCUGUUGCAUGUCAUCUUAUUACAAUGCAUAAUAUCCAUUAUCAGAUGCAAUUGAUGCGUGGCAUAAGAGAAAGUAUAAAACAGGAUAAAUUUCCACAGUUCAUAAAGAACUUUAUGGAAUGUAUGUUUCCAGACAAGAUCUACCCAAYGUGGGUUGUAGAUGCUCUCCGGUCAGUCAAUGUAAACCUAGAAACAUCAGAUAACAAAGACAAUAAAGAAGUGACAUAACACCUGGCAUUGUGUUUUAACUAAAAAAAUAUUUCAUACUCAACUAUUGACCAUAUAUAUAUGAUCAUAUAUCUCUUGACUCAAUAAUGAGAAACGUCUUUAAUAUUGUUGGGGCG